AUCUGAGAAUCCGGAAUUGAAAUGUGUUGGUACAAUCACGGUGAUUUUGUUGUUUAAAGAAAUAAAGAGAAUAUACAGCAAUGGUAUUAACAAAGAGUUUCUAUAGUCCUUUUAAACAUUUGAAUAGGUGGAAUAUAUUAAGAUGUUUUCAUGUAUCACGGUCAGUUAAUUGUGUAAGAGUAAGAUUUGCUCCCUCGCCUACUGGUCAACUUCAUCUUGGAUCAUUACGAACUGCAUUAUACAAUUUUUUAUAUGCAAAGGCUAACAAUGGCAAAUUUAUUCUAAGAAUUGAGGACACUGACCAGACAAGAAAAGUGCCAGGGGCUGUUGAAAACUUGUGUAAUAUUCUUCAGUGGGCUUCUGUUCAUCCAGAUGAAGGUCCAUUUUCGGGUGGAGAUUAUGGACCAUAUGUACAGUCAGAAAGGCUUCAUUUGUACCAAAAAUAUAUUGAGACUCUGCUGCAGAAUGGUACUGCUUACAAAUGCUUUUGCAGCCAAAAACGUUUAGAUUUGCUCAGAAAAGAAGCAUUGAGAAAUCGGGAAACUCCUAGAUAUGAUGGCAGGUGUCGCCAUCUAUCAGAUGAAGAGAGGCAAGACAAACUGCAGAAAGGUAUACCAUAUGUAGUAAGAUUAAAACUAGUACAACUUGCUGAACCUUUUGAUGAUUUGGUAUAUGGACCUAUAGAAAUUGAUUUAACUGAAAACGAGGGUGAUCCAGUCUUGAUGAAAACGGACAAUUAUCCAACUUACCAUUUUGCAAAUGUUGUUGAUGACUAUCUUAUGAAAAUCACUCAUGUUUUAAGAGGAGUAGAGUGGCAACUAUCAACUCCAAAACAUUUAAUGAUAUACCAAGCAUUUGGUUGGACACCACCGAAAUACGCUCACUUACCGCUUAUAAUGAAUAAUGAUGGGACAAAAUUAUCUAAACGCCAGGGAGAUAUUCAUGUUGAACAUUUUAUGAAGUUGGGAUAUUAUUCAGAAGCAUUAUUAAACUAUAUAACUCUUCCAGGAGGUGGAUUCACAAAGACAGAUAGCGAAGUUCUGAAACUUGAUGAGUUGGUAAAAAAUUUCAAUUUAAGUACAGUGAAGAGAACAUCUGGUAGACUAGAUCCAGCACAUUUGGAUAGGCUUAAUCAGAUGUUUAUUCAGAGAAAAAUCGCAGAUGGAGCAAUAAAUGAACUAACUGAAAAAAUUAGAAAAAUCAUUAUUAGUAAGUAUUCUGGAAAUCUUUCAUUGGAUUUACAACUAGAUGAUUUGUCAACUGAAUACUUGAAGCAGAUCCUUUGUUGGUGUCAAAACAGAAUAAGCCGACUGGAUGAACUAGCUGGCAGUGAUUUUGAGUUCCUAUGGUUAAAGCCUGAUAAGAUUGAUAUUUCAAAUAUAGAUAUUUCUAAUCCUUUGGAAGUUUUACAAUCAUGUAUAGAAUGUGUUAGAAAUAUGGACACAUUUGAUGAAUCCAGUGUUGGAUCAGAAAUGAGAAAGAAUGCUAAAAAUAUGAAUGUGAAAUUUGCUCCAUACAUGAAAUUUUUAAGAAUGUGUUUAUCAGGAUUGAAGGAAGGUCCAUCUGUUGGAGAGAUUAUGACAGUACUUGGAAAAUCAAAAACUUUAGAGAGACUUAAACAUGCAAGUUGUAUUUGUGAAGAGAAGGAAUCAGCAAGAAGCAGAACUGAAAACUAAUUCUACUGGUUUGCUCAGUGAAUGUUUAAAGAGUAACUGUACUUUCAGAAAUAAUUUUGUUGACAAUUUUACAAUUCUAAUGAUUAACACAUGUAACAGUCCAAAUAGGUAAUGCACACAAAUGAUUAAAAUCAAGUAAAUUUGA